AUCGCUAGAGGGCGGGACCUCUGUGUUAAAGCGUCUUCACUCUGGCAGGAGAUUCAAACCCCACCUGCCGUCCUGUUUUUGCUGCCAGCGUUUAUAUCGAUCACUUCUAAGCGGCACUUCUUGUACUCGCGUUUUCGGCUCACGGGGAAGGUGGACUGUGCACUUUGCUGACACUUUGGCGGGACUGGCCCCGACAGCAGGAGCAGGACAGGUGAAUCAGAGACUGGGAGGUGAUCGGAGAUGGAGUGGAGGGAGCAGUCAACGCUCAGCUGUGAGGUGGCCUUUGCUGAGGCUCAGCGCUGGGUGGAGGAAGUGACCAGGAAAAGGUUUGGGAGUAGUAACUUCCGAUCUGCUCUGGAGAAUGGAGUCUUAUUAUGCGAUCUGAUUAACAAGCUCAAGCCAGGGAUCAUCAAAAGAGUGAACAGGCUUUCUACACCCAUUGCAGGCUUGGACAAUGUGAAUGUGUUCCUGAAGGCCUGUGGGAAACUUGGGCUGAAUGACUCUCAGCUCUUUCAUCCAGGAGAUCUGCAGGAUGUCUCCACUCGUGUCACAGUCAGGCGUGAAGAGACAACCAGGAGACUGAAAAAUGUUCUUAUAACUAUAUAUUGGUUGGGUAGGAAGGCCCAAGCAGAUCCCUCCUAUAGUGGACCACAGCUCAACUUCAAAGCUUUUGAAGCCCUGCUGGGUGUUGCCUUGUCCAAGACACUAGAGGAGUCUUCUUGCCCCAAGCCUAGUGUAAGGGACAGUGGAUACGGAGAGAACUGGGACCCUGACAAGGAGGACCUUUUUAGCACACAGCAGCCAAGCUACAGGAGGGAGGAUUCAGUGGAGAGCCUUGACUCUGUGGAGUCACGAACGCUGAGCGUAGCAUCAGACUGUACACUCAUAGCAGGCAGUGAAGGAUUUGGAAGUGACGCAGAGGCAGAGCACUGCUUCAGGAUGUCUGAGCGCAGCAAGAGUGAAACCCACUCUGCACCCAGUAGAGAGAGAGCAAAUAUCCCCAUCGCUGUGAGGAGGAAACGAGGCGACCAGUGCCAAGACAGUGGAAGAAAUCAUGCUAGCCAGCUCCCCAGCGAAAGUGGAAGGGGCUUUAAUGAACCCAGUCUUGAACUCCCUCCUGCUUCUGCCUUUCACCAAUGGGCACAUUCUUACCAGAGUGACUCUGAUUCUGACUCUGACCGACCAGAACCUGACAUCGUGCAGGACGACCUUGCAAGUCGGCGUUUUCGCUCAACGACCUGCGUCGCUCCCGUGAACUUUGCUCUUCCUCUGAACCCAAGGACUCCCAGGCUGUUUCCCACAGUGACCCCGAGUACUCAGAGGUCAUGGGUCACCGUCUCUGAUGCCUCACGGCUUGCUACAGUGCCUCACAAAAGGUCACACCAGAGUUCUCUCCAGGACGGCAAAACAUCAUUUCCACCUUAUAGAGUAAGUGGACGAGAUGAGAAGGCCAUGCUGGAGAAUGAGUUUUUGCUGCGAGCAAUGGCCGAAGAUUCUGGUGAAUCAGAUGAGGGCCAAGGCUAUGCCGACCCGGUUCAGGAUGACCUCUAUGCUCGUAGAGUGCUUCAGGCCACCCAUCAGACCUCAGUCAACAUAGACUCUGACAAAUUCCUGCCCAAGUUCUGGACACCUGAGGAAGAUGCUCAUGUGGGACAGAUUAGACUCGGCUCCCAGCGCAGACCCUGGUAUAGGAAGAUGCAGGGCUUCAGGAGCAAGUCCAUGAGUGACAUUGCCUUAGAGCCUAUACCCCAGGAGUCUGAAAGCAGCAUGCCUUUUGACCCAAGAUGCCAGGGUAAAGCUGGAGAGGUGACGCUGGAGCACUCAACCAUAGAUCAGGUGCGGCCGAAGCACAUGCAACACAUUAAGACCAGAGUGAAGGACAGCGAGGCCAAGUGGCAAGAUGACCUGGACAAGUGGAAGAGCCGCAGACUGAGUGCAAACUCUGACUUGUGGAAGAAGAAAGAGGAGAGAGAGCAACUUGAGAUCUCCUCUAGCAGGGGAGGGGCUGAUGGUUUGAGGACUGCUGUGCUCAGAGGGGUGCAAGAGGAGAGUGAUCACAACAGUGUCAUGGUGUUUGCCACAUGCCAGCAGCAUCAAGCUAUACCUCAGGAGCCCUCCUCUGCCCAACAGCCCUCCAGCAGAGCUCUUCCUUCUUCCCAGCCUUCAGCCCUGAGGGAAGACCCCCGACUCGGUUCACUGGCUUCUGACGAAGCCUUUCCACCUUCUGAAGCCUCUCCUCUAACCACAAGUUGCAGCAUGCCUGGGCCCAGGAGUUCAGCUGGGACUGGUGCUAUUGGCACAAUGCUAGUGGACCCACUUUCUACACCUGUGACACCUCCUACAAAUGGAGCUUAUUCUCUUACCAAUGAUGCGAUUGGAGGGCACUCACUGGUGACUGACCAGACCCAAUUGACUACAUCUGUCUUUUUCAGCCCACCAGAUUCCACUAACCCUGAGGAACCCUCAUCACUCACUUUGGGGUCAUCUGGCACUGAGCUCAGCCAGCAGGGUUCAGAACCUGUCCAACGUGCUAAAUCCGUGGAAGGUGUGAUUUCUGGGGGAACGCGGAUGUCCGCAACCCUGCCUAGGGGCUUUCGGAAGUCGGAGGGAGGCUCUCGACUUUCCAUGGGAGUCACACCAAGACCUUUUGGGGUCAAGGCCUCCAGGGUGUCAUCUCUGCCCAGGAUCUAUUCUAUGGAUGAGUCCCAUAAUAACCUCAUCAAAGGUCAACGGGAGCGACCUCAGCUCCCUGCAUCUUUUACCUGCCAAGACAAGGUCACAACCCCAGCUAAUGAGGGGACGGCUUGCUCUAAUACCCAAAACGACAGCCACAGGAAGAAGAAAAAGGAAGAUGAAGACAUGGAUGAGAAGAAUCACUCGGCUCCUAAAGUGCACUCCUUCAUGUCUGCUAGCAUAGUGGCCUCCUCUCUAAAACAGAGGGCCACAUCUGAGAGCGAAGAGGCAAAGGUGGGUCACACUGAUAUGCGAGUCAGUCUAAAUCAGAAGCCUAACAGUGGUAGGGACUUUGGCUUUCAGGCUUAUUGGGAUUCCACUGGUGCUCGCAUCAAAUCUGUCCAACCAGGCAGCCCAGCUCAGCUGUGCCACCUGCAGGCGGGCGAUGAGAUCGUGGCUGUGGGAGGGCAGCGUGUGGCAGAGAUGAGCUAUGAGCAGUGGAAGGCUAGCAUGGGUGCUGCACUGAAAGAGGGCAGCCUGCUGAUGGAGAUUCGGCGCCACGGGCAGAACGACUGGAGCAACGACCACCUAUCCCUACAAUUUAAAAGCCAUAAGACCAUCAAUCUUACCAGUAUGGCUUCAACACUUAUAGGUCAUCCUGAGCACUGCGUCAAGGUCAGCAGCUGCUCCAGCUUGCCUGCAGAGAAGGUUAAUGGAGCGAAGGUUAACGGCCAUACUGUUACUGGUUUCCCAGCAAAAGCUGUAAAUAAAAACAUCCGUGACAUUCCGGCUGUAACCAAAAACAAAGGAGGCUCAGACUCUGCCAUUUCAGAUCUGCAGGUUCCUUCCAUCAGUGCAGUGUCCUCGCGCUGGUCAUGGGACACAGAGGAGGAGAGGAGGAGACAGGAAAAAUGGCAAAUGGAGCAAGAGCGCCUCCUGCAGGAGAAGUACCAGCGUGAUCAGGAAAGACUGGAGGCAGAAUGGAGGAGGGCGCAGCUGGAAGCAGCAGGAGAGGAGUGCAGCGGCCCUGAGCAACAGAGACCCUCUUCUUUGUCAAAUGGAAACACUACACCUUACACCCCACCCCCCUUCCUCUACCAGUCAACUUCCUCCACUUCUUUGAGUCAGCAGGCUGCAGAGGUCAGACCAGUGCAGAGCAGACAGAUGACUAUGCAAAUAGAAACAAGCCAUCAGACCAAGGAGGAGUGUGAUUCAUCUGCAAAGACUAGUCAAUGGCCUAGUGAGUCGUAUGGAUUUACCAGGCUUACAGCCUUGGACAGGAAAAAGUCCAAAUCUACACCUGCACUUGACAGCAAUCACAAGCAAGACUCCAGAGUGAGUGUUAAGAAGAGAGGGCGGCUGUCUCAGGCAGAAAAGGAGCGUCAGCAGAUCCUGGAGGAGAUGAGGAAGAAAACUCCGCUCCACACUGACAGCAGCUGGAUCCGCCAGCGCAGUACCUGCCCCAUCUACAAAGAGCCCAUCAACGUGGCACCAAUGAGAAGAUAUGACUCUCUGGACAACCUCCACAGCAGCAGCUCUUUGUCUAAGCAGUUCUCCACCAUGUCUAACCCAACUCGGCCUCACUCUGCCCUGGGCAACAUCACACCUUACCGAGGUUACUCGGGACGCUGCAGCCUGGGCCCUGGGGCUGCCAUUUUCUCCAGCUCUUCAAAACGGAGCUCCUGUUCUCGGCCAUCUUCCACCUCUUCCAUGCCACCAGUCACAUCUGGUGCUGAUGAUAUACACCUCAAUUCCCAGCAGCAUGGCAGGCUGGUGAGUGGCAGGCGAAUUUGCUCGCGCUGCGAUCACCCCCUGGGUAAGGGAGCAGCCAUGGUCAUCGACUCUCUGGACCUGUGCUUUCACAUUGGGUGCUUUAAGUGCAUCAGCUGCAGGAGUGACCUCAGCAGAGGCGCCGAGUCCAGAGCUCAGGUGCGAGUCCGACACAGACAGCUCUUCUGUGACGCCUGCUACAGCAGACUCCGUGUCCGCCCCGGCAUCCCCAAGUGAUCACAGCACAUUCCUGGAGAUCAUAGAGAAGGCUUCCCCUGAAGACGGCUCUGAAGUGGAGGCUGUAAGCUCAGCCUAAUACUAACCCUAACAUCAGCUAACUACUUGUUACCCAUUUACAUUAGUCAUGGAAUAAACAUUAAUAUUCAUG